GAAAAAUGAUUCUUCAACAUCCACCUUGAAUUCCCCUCCUCUUGUUCCUUUGGAGUAAAAACUAAAAUGGAACAAACUCUCACCCAAAAUCCACCAUUCACAGCAGCCACCCAUAACGAUGGAAAGAAGCAUCUCCUCCUUGCAGCAUCAGGCUCCGUAGCAACCAUAAAAAUCCCUCUCAUCCUCCAAGCUCUCUCCCACCAUCCAUCCCUCUCCAUCCUCCUCAUCCUCACAAAUUCAGCCACCAACUUUCUAGCUGGUCAAAGCUCUGAACAACCAACCCUCCAAUCCCUCCGCGAUAUCCCAAACGUCGAUGGCAUUUUCCUAGACAAAGACGAGUGGGUACAUCCUUGGAAACGGGGUGGAGGAGUUCUACACAUCGAACUCAGACGAUGGGCGGAUAUUUUGGUCAUUGCGCCCCUGAGUGCAAAUACCAUGGCGAAGGUUGUGGGUGGCAUGGCAGAUAAUCUGCUUACGAGUGUGGUGAGGGCUUGGGAUGCUAGUGGGCUUGUAGAACAGGCAGCUUCUGGGGGAGAGCUGAGGAGGAAGCGGAUCUUGGUGGCCCCUGCUAUGAAUACUGCUGUAAGUGAACAUUCGUUGUUUACAAAACCGGUGCUUAUUUGUUGUAGAUGUGGAGACACCCUAUUACGAAAAGCCAGCUCAAAAUCCUGGAAGAAGAAUGGGGUGUUGAUGUUGAAGGGGGAUGGUUUGAGGUGUUGACACCACAAGAGAAGGAGUUGGCUUGUGGUGAUGUAGGUGAUGGAGCCAUGAGAGAGUGGAAAGAAGUCACUGAGAUUAUUGAGCAACGAUUGAGUCUUGGUCGGUAG